AUGGUGCUCACCGCCAGAGAGAUGCUGGCCAUCCAGGUCUCAGAGCGGACCAUGUCGGUUCUGAGCAUACUAGGCUCACUGUUCAUCAUAUCGACUUUUCUCCGAUGGCACUACUUUCGGAAACCUAUCAACCGGCUAGUUUUCUACGCGUCCUUCGGUAAUAUGUUGAGCAACAUCGCCACUUUGAUAUCAAUCUCUGCUCUACCAAAUCAGAGUGCACCAUACGAAGCUCUGUGCGAGUUUCAGGGCAUCUUGAUCCAAUGGUUCAUGAUGGCAGAUACCUUGUGGGUCUUCAGCAUGGCGCUGAAUGUCAUGUUGGUUUUCUUCCGCGGGUAUGAUUCGGCACAGUUACUUCGACUCGAGAAGUGGUACAUCCUCUUUAGCUACGGCAGUCCCGGAAGCAUCGCUAUCGCAUACCUAAUCAUGAACCAUCAUGGACCAAACAAGAAGAAGGUCAUCGGACCUGCCACGAUCUGGUGCUGGGUUGGGAAAGAUCUUGAAUGGAUGCGAAUCGCCUUCUUCUACGCUCCUAUUUGGGUCGUCAUUGGCGCUACUAUGUGUAUCUACAUUGCGACAGGGCGUCAAAUAUUCAAGAAGCGUGCUGAGCUGCGCUCCUUCACCAAGAUACCAGAUGGAGAUCUUGGCAACACAAUCACCACAACAGACUUCCGAAAUAUCAAGGUCGAGACCGAGAUGAAGGUGGAAACAUCUUAUAAACACGUGUCCAUCGACCAAGACUCACUCUCUCGCGCCUCAUUCUCCAGCACCAAGGAAUUAUCCGUCCCAGCGGAUGUCUCUACUCUACCACCAUCUUCAGGCCCAUUUGAUCUCAUGAAAGGCACCACCCGGCGCGAAGAUAGCCCUCGCACUGGCUACAACGCCACCGCUUUCGCCACCAUCCAGGUCCCCGACCGCAAAGUCAAAAACUCCCAGUCUUUCUCCAGCUCCCAGCGCAACACCCACAAGCGCCGGACCACCGCCCUGGAAGGCAACGCCGCCGCAUGGUCCUACUUCAAAGUCGCCUUCCUCAUGUUCGCCGCCCUCUUCAUCGUCUGGGUCCCCUCAACCGUCAACCGUCUCCAGCAAUUCAUCGACAAAGAGCACUCCAUCUUCGGACUGAACCUAGCUUCCGCCCUCGUCCUACCUCUCCAGGGCUUCUGGAACUCCAUGAUAUACAUCUCCACGACGUGGCCUGAAUGCAAGCGCGCUCUAGCGGACACUCUAGACGCGUUGUCCAGCCGUAGAACAGCCAGAAAUAAGCGUCCGUAUGCGAAGAACAACUUUACUACUUCGACUACGAACGAGGUGCAGCAUUUUGAGGCGCCGAUACCGAUGAAGGCGGUUAAGGCUAGGGCCGAGUCGCAGCGGGGUCUCCAGUCGAUGUCUAGCGCGGAGAGUGUGAGAGCGGGAGCGGCGAGAAGCGAGCCAUAG